UGCCCUACACAUUUUUUAAUCCAGAGUUACCGUUUUGCUAAGAGGAAUAUGUUAGUUUAUAUGGUGACUUUGCUCUUUUUGCUCUUGAAACAACAUGUUGUAAUAUAAAUAUUGUGAACUCAUAUGAAUAUUACUUUUACUCUUUUUAAGCAUAAUCAAAAAUGAUGAGAAUGGAUUGAGUACUAGACGGUUUGCUGUUGUUUCAUGAAAAGGUCACAGUUUAGCCACAUUGCUGAAUUUGAUCCUUUUGGAUGGGCUGCCAUGGCCGUGAAAAGGCCAGCCAAGUUGCGAGUUAUUCGUGCAGUGAUAAAGGACAAAAUGGACAAGACUUUUUCACUACGAAGACAGGACGUUGUGGGAAAGGAAUCAGGAGUGGAAGAGAUGAAAGAGAGAUGGCCUGCAUUGUUCACAAUGGAUGAGGUCAAUGCUGAAUUCAUGAGGAUCACAACUGUUCCACUUCAACUGCGAUUCCUGGCUUCCUUGGACAAGCACCACAGCAAGCUGACUGACAUCAUCAGAAACAAGGGAGGAGUUGUCAGGGAGAAGACCCGGAACAUACUGAAAGUUCUUGAUCAAAGCCUCGAGGUGAAUCAAAAAAGAGAGUGUCUGCUGAAGUGCCUUAUUCUGUACCUUGGGGAAGACGUGGACAAACUUAUCAAGGAGUAUCUGGUUGUGCAGAAGGAUGAAGCUGAAACCGAGCUUGAGAGGUGUACAAUGGCAGUGUUUGUCAUCAGGGAGGAGGAGGAUCCUCUCCAGCCACCACAUGACAUUGGGAUUGUUCUUGAAGGUGUGGAAGUCCUUAAUGAGUUGCCAUCGGUCGCACAUGCAUGUGCCAUGUUAUUUGGCUUCAUCUAUGCUCUAAACUUGAGCUAUCCAGGUGAGCUCAAAUACACUUUUGAUGCACUACAGAAAAUAUUCAUGGACAUAGAGCCAAAGAAAAUGACACGCAAAGUGUGCAGGUGGUGUAGCACGCAUCCUGACAGCAUCAUGUACCAGGUUUACACUGUCUGA